GGUGGAGCUAAGUGGGGACGUGCUCACUCCUGGGGACUGUGAGGAGACAGUUUUAUUCCUUACCAAGAUGAAGCUCCUGCUGCUGAGUCUGGGACUGACCCUGAUCUGUGCUCACACAGAAGGAAACCAUGAUGCUGUGACAAGUGACUUUGAUCCAUCCAAGUAUUCAGGGGAGUGGUAUUCCAUUCUCCUGGCCUCUGAUCAUAAGGAAAAGAUAGAAGAAAACGGUAGCAUGAGGGUUUUUGUGGAAUAUAUCCAUGCCUUGAAGAACUCUUCGUUAGGCUUUAAAUUCCAUAUAAUUAUAAAUGGAGUAUGUGCUGAAAUUGAGUUUGUUUGUGACAAAACAGAAGAGGAUGGUGUAUAUUCUGUUGAAUAUGAUGGACAUAAUACAUUUAAAGUACUCGAAACGGACUAUGAUGACUACAUUAUUUUUCACCUCAUAAAUAAAAAUAAUGGGAAUACAUUCCAACUUAUGGAGCUCUAUGGUCGAGCACCAGAUGUGAGCUCAGAACUCAAGCAGAAAUUUGUGAAUGUUUCUGAAAAAUAUGGAAUUGUUAAGGAAAACAUAUUGGACCUGACCACUGUUGACCGCUGUAUCCAGGCCCGAGGUGGAACACAGUCCUGAGUCUCCAGGGCAGAGAGAAAGUUUCCCCACCUGGGCUCCAGCAUCAUCUAUCUCCUUCCUCACUGCUACACCAUCUUAUGACCUGUUCUGUCACCUGAUUUCCACCACUGUCACAUAUGAAUGUGUCAUCCUGGAUCUCGAGGAUCUUCUCAGAUUGCUGAGGAAGAUUCAUCCAAUCACCAAGAAUCAAAGGCUUUCUCUAAAUUUCUCUCUUUGCCACACCCAGGUCAACUCUACAUGAAGAAGGUCUUUCUCUAUCCCCUCAAUAAAUGAUCAGCCCUGGA